AUGUUACCCGUCAAUGAUGCGCAAUACAUAUCACCUAACAAAGAUAAUCAAACAGGACAACCAACAGAUAAUGUAGUGACACAUGAACCACCGCCUACUUAUACUCAAUUCAAUAGUCACCCUGUACCAGUUCUCAGUCAAAAUGGGCAGAUACCAUCAUUACCAUAUGGGUAUGUUGUCAUGGCUGGUGCACAACAGUUUAUAGUAAACCAAGUGAAUGUAUCUGACUAUCUUAAAUGUUCAAUUUUGAAUUCAUUAUGCUGUUUAUGGCCAGUUGGUAUAAUUGCAAUAGUUAUGUCGGUCAUAACAAAAAAAAAGAAGGCUAGUGGUGACCUUGAAGGUGCUCGAAAGUUUUCAAUAUUGGCUGUAGUAUUCAAUAUACUCAGUACUGUAGGCGGUAUUAUUCUCUUCGCUGUUCUUAGUAUACGCUACAAGGGACACAUGAAGUUCCCAUUUUAG